GUAGGUUGCGGCGCUUGACAAGUCGAGCUGCUGCUGGUGCGCAGCGGUGCUCACAACUGGUGGGGGGGAACCGUCAGGUAUCGUGCAACAAGCGCUCCGGCUCCAGCCCUCUGCAUCCUCAGCACAACCACCACCACCAGCAGCACAGCCCUCUGCAUCCUCAGCAACUCCACCAGCACCAGCAGCACAGCCCUCUGCAUCCUCAGCAACUCCACCACCACCAGCAGCACCAGCACAGCCCUCUGCAUCCUCAGCACCAGCAGCACAGCCCUCUGCAUCCUCAGCAACUGCACCAGCAGCAGCUUCAGACCCGUCCUGCGUGUGUGAGGAGGAGGAGGAGGCAAUAGGAUGAGGUGGAAACGACCAACGCCCUUACACUGUUGGCUACUGAUCGGUCUCCUUGUUGCUGCUGAAGCUGUGCCAAUCGAUAAGAUAAAACCCAUAGAUGUGGAGAUGCCAGCACAAGAGACCAUGGAACCACACGACACUGGCUUAUAUUAUGAUCGCUACCUCAGGGAAGUGAUUGAUGUGCUGGAAACGGACAAGCAUUUUCGGAAGAAGCUUCAGACGGCGGAUAUAGAAGAGAUCAAGGCUGGGAAACUGUCUAAAGAGCUGAACUUAGUCAGUCACAUGGUGAGAAGUAAACUGGAUGAACUGAAACGCCAGGAGGUAGCCCGGUUACGGAUGCUUAUCAAAGCCAAAAUGGAUGUGCAUCAAGGAAAAGACAUCAAAAUAGACCACCAUGCUUUGCUGAAACAAUUCGACCACCUCAACCAUCAAAACCCACACAGCUUCGAGUCUGAAGACCUGGAGAUGUUGAUCAAAACCGCCACCAGUGACCUGGAGAACUAUGACCGGGACCGACACGAAGAGUUCAAGCAGUACGAGAUGCUGAAGGAGCAUGAACGGAGAGAAUAUCUGAAGACACUGGACGAUGUGCGGAGGAAAGAGGAAGAGAUGCGGUUUGAGGAGAUGAAAAAGAAACACAGGGACCACCCCAAAGUUCACCAUCCAGGAAGCAAGGAUCAGUUGAAAGAAGUUUGGGAGGAAACAGAUGGCCUUGACCCUGAAGACUUUGACCCCAAGACCUUCUUCAAGCUACACGAUAGCAAUGGGGACAAGUUCCUGGACGAGCAGGAGUUGGAAGCUCUGUUUACUAAAGAGCUGGAGAAAAUCUACGAUCCGAACAACGAGGAAGAUGACAUGGUGGAGAUGGAGGAGGAGCGGCUGAGGAUGAGGGAACACGUCAUGAACGAGGUCGACAUUAACAAGGACCGGCUGAUAUCUCUGGAGGAAUUUCUCAAGGCUUCGGAAAAGAGAGAUUUUACAGACCCAGAAAACUGGGAGACACUGGACCAGCAGGACCUUUACUCGGAGAGCGAGCUGCGGCAGUUUGAGAGUCGGCUGGCCAAGCAGCAGGACGAGCUCAACAUGAAAUCUCACAACCUGAUGAAGCAACACCAGGAGCUGCAGUCACAGCACAACCAGCUUCAGGUUCAGAAACACGAACUCUACCAGGCCAUGCAGCAGAUGGAGCAGAAGAAGCAAGGCCAGAAGGGUCCCAAAAUAGAGCUGAAAUUCCACCCAGUUAAGCAGGACUCGACCCCUCCAGAAGACGUCAACUCCCCGAUACCAAUGAAGGCAAAAGCUCUAGAUAACGUUCACAAUCUAAUUCAAGAUAGAGCUCAUGAUCCAGUUCAGGACUUGUAUCCAGCCACCACGGGAGCCCCCAGACACGACGAGCCUCUACAUUGAUGUCGCCUCCUCAACCCCCUUCUCCUUCCCCACACCCACCCCGCUCCGCACUCUGCCUCCAGUGCUCAGCCAGGCCCUGGGACAUCCCGCCAGACCUCCGGGUCCAACUCCUUCAUGUUUCCGGUUCAAUUCUGUAGCUGUUACCUGUCACUGUCUAAUUCGAUUUGAUAAUCACACAGUUUACUGGGCGAUCGCGUGUGCAAGAGUUUUGUUGAAGGAGGUCACUGAAACUCUCAUGUGCAGAUAUUUAUUUUUGACCGAAGGAGAUUUAUUAAGGUAACAUCUGAAGCACAAUUUCAUUUCACUCCCCCCACCAUCCCUUCUACCAUCCCAGUUGAUCUGAAAUUGAGAUGCAUUUUCUAACAGUAUCGGGGGGAGGAAAUUAAUCUUAUUUGACUGGGUGGAGAGCAAUCACUUCAAAGAGCAUUUAGCUCUGAUUUUUUUCGGAGAGGGUGAGGUGCGUGAUGGGAGACAAAGGAGUUGUGCUCAGUCUGCGUGUUUGUAAUCAGAGUUGAAAUUAUCUUGACAUUCCAUCAUGUGUUCGAUUGUGAGUAUUUUUUGUUUGUUUAAAGUUCUUGUCAGUGCAAAAAAAAAAAUUUCUUCUUCACGUCAGGGCGUUGUAGGAGGGGAGUGGGUCGGGGGAAGUGGGGGUAUUGCAGAAUGCGGUUUGAAGCUGAACCUGGGGGAAGCCUCAACUCUUCCCGUGGUUCUUCUCAAUCUUUACUCCUGGUCAAGAAUCUGUCCAGGCUUCAGACUCCACCAGGUCCAACUCUGCUGACCAUCCUCAUAGCCGAGCCAGUGAUGAUGGAAAUCCAUUCUGGAGUCCUGUGGACUAAAGGUUAGCUCGCUCGCCUCGCAAACGAGAGGGUUUGAUUCCCAGGCACUAUGAAACCCGAGGCAACUUUCCUUACUCCACAUGUCUGUUUUUCUAGCGAUAAGUAGGAACCCGGUUGUCGAUUGGCGGAUCGGUAAUAAACCCCCCAAAAAAUGUGGUCACCGAAUCCACAAUUGUUUAUGAGAAACUGCUGUGUGCAAUUGGCUGCCACGUUUCAUCCUCAUUUUGAGUGCCAGACCAGCUCAUCGUGAACAUUAUUUGCAACUAAUGGAAUCCUCGUUCUGAAUUACCAAUUUAUCAAAUUGCUGCCAGACAUUUGGCAGCCAUGGCACUUGAUGCUUCCUUUUUUUUUUGAACGGUGGGGGAAGGGAGGGAGGAUUUGCCACAAACUAAAUCUAAUCCUAUGAGUAUUUUAAAACCGAGUAAACCGCGUGCCUGAUCUUUAGAAUCUUUAAAAAGCGUCAGCCGAGAGCACUCAGUCGUGCGAUUAUUGGUGUGUGUUUCAUUUAAAACAAUGGACAAUCAAUACACUGGAGUGAGCCCUGGGUUUUUCACACUUUGUUGCAGAACUCUGUGCAGCGAGUACUAUACAUGCACACACGCACGCGCACACACCCACACACCGUCUCCAUCCUGUGAAUGUCCCGUUAAAAGAUGGUGUGUGUGGGUGGGGAGGGUGUGAAUGGACAGAAUGCGUCACGUUAAAGUAUAAAGACACAAAAAGCUUAUUCGAAGAAUACUGUGAAUUAAUAAUUGUUGUUCUUGGGUUUCUUUGUAAUAUUUUAGCAGUUUGGAUACUUGCAUAAAAGUGAUGGUUUCAUAGAUUCCUAGAGAUUCACAGAGCAGAAGGGGGCCAUUCAGCCCAUUGAGUCAUCACUUAUUCUCAGAGAAAGCUGUCCAUUCAAUCCCACUGGCCUGCCCUAUCCUCAUCCCACUUCAAACUUCUGUCAUAUAUCUAGGGUCUAUUUCCAUCUUGAAACUCGCUUGGUAUCUGCCUUUACCACCUUAUUUUGCACAAUAUUCCACAUCCCAACAAUAGAGUAUUAAAAAGAAAAAUCCUAAACUCUUCUUUCGCUUUUCUUGUAACUUAUAUAUCUAUGUCCUCUAGUAAUUCUUAAAAAUGGAAAUAGCUUCUCCCUAUUUUACGCUGUUCUGUACACCUCUUUCAGGUUCCUCUCUGCUCCAAUGAAAACAGGUUUGUUGCUUUAGAACAGGGGCACUCAUUACAGCACUUAUCUGAGACCUGAAAUGACAAUUCAUCUCUAACCCAGUGAGACUAUUCUGCCUUAGAAAUUAACAUGUGGUUAGAAAUGUGCAAAGAAAUCCAGUCUGAGUUUAGAAGCUGUCUUUUCAGGAUCUUCCAAAAAAAACGGUUUACAAAUUAUGGAUUUGAAAGAUGAUGCAUAUUUCUGUGUUAUCUUCAAUUUGAAAACAUUUUAACGUGCUUACAAAGACUGAGGUGGAGUUUCAGAUCUUUGAGCUUCGAUUUGCAUUGAACUGUGAAGAUGCAUGUUAUGCAGGAGGCUUUUGUUGACAUCAGCUACACCUUCACAGAGACUUCUUGUCUCCCUCUUAACGCACCACCUCAGGAGACUGUAACUCACCCACACGCAAGAGUAGCUGACGGUGAGUGAUAAGCUAACUCUCAGCGGCAGAUGCUUACAACAGCUCCCUUACGCAAAAUGCCACGAGGAUGGAUUUAGACCAAUAGUGUUCCUUACUUUGUGUUAACUGGUUCUUGACCACAAUUAAGGCCCUGUCCGACCGAUUCUUUGUUCAAGCAAGGUCCUGCCUGCCUACUCAGGUGGACAUUAAAGUUCCCAUGGCACUAUUCAAAAAGAGAUGGGAGUUUCUCCCGGUGUCCCAGCCAUCAUAUCCCCCAAAUAAAAUUGGCCAUUCACUCCAUGGCUGUUUGUGGGACACUCUGUGUGCAAACUGGCUGCCACAAUUCGCCCACAAAUACACAGUCAAUCCACUUUACAGUAUAUCCUGUGAAGCGCUUUGAGAUGUCUUGACGAUGUGAGAAGGCGCUAUAUCAAAUGCAACAAUUAUUAUUUCAAAACGUGCAUUUUUUCUUCUUUAUUUUAUGUUGUACCUUUUAUUUUCAAUGUGUUUUUUUUUAGUGGUGCAAUAUUUGUGGAUGAAAAUGUUUCAGUUAAUUUUCUGUUGAAUUCUUUGUAAGAAUUGGUUUUUAAAAAGACCUUUGGAACAUAAAAGCAGAAUAUU